AUGCCAACUGUAAACGGUCCUUUUAAGGACCACUUGACGCUUAAUKUUGGUGAAGAUCUUAGGAUCUGUCACUUCAACAUUGAAGGAAUUUCUAAAGCGAAGUGUGAAGUUCUAACUAAAAUCAUGAACAAGGAAAGAAUAGAUGUAAUUGCCUUGCAAGAAACACACACGAAAGAUGACAAUGACCUUCAAAAAAGAGGCUACAUCGCAGGAUAUAUAGUAAUUGGAGCGAUACACCACAAGCAGUAUGGCAUAGCUACGUAUGUAAAAGAAAACAUCGAUGAUACGAUGGUAGUUCACAAAGCCAACUCAGGAAACACCCAAGUACUAUCCACGAAAAUAGGUAGUAUUACUGUAACGAAUGUGUAUAMACCUCCAAACAACAAAUGGGAGRGUAAUCCAAUGAAAACCUUUGAACACCCAGCUAUUUAUGUGGGUGACUUUAACAGCCAUAAUAUGGCGUGGGGCUAYGAGGAAAAUGAUGAAAACGGAGAUAUAUUAUAUGAAUGGCUAGACACAAUGAAUAUGGAACUUGUCUUCAGCAUAAAGGAUAAGGGAACUUUUCGAUCAGCAAGAUGGCUGAAGGAGUACACGCCAGAUCUAAGCAUAAUAUYGAAACCUCCAAAUGAUAGUAAACAACUGGCAUCGCGCCGUAUUCUCUGUGAUUUUCCUCACAGCCAGCAUCGACCGGUGGUCUUAGAAUAUGGCCUAAAAAUACYAAUAAUUAGAUCAAUCCCAAAACCAAGAUGGAAUUUCAGGAAAGCCAACUGGACUGAAUUCGCCAAGGAACUAGAUCACCUAAUACAAUGGAUCCCAGCAAAGGCAGAAUGUUAUGAUCGAUUCGUGGGAGCGAUAAAAAUGAUAGCGAAAAAGCAUAUUCCUAGGGGCUUCAGGAAGCAGUUCAUCCCAGGCUGGGACGAAACGUGUAAUGAACUGUAUGCGGAGUUUCRAAGGUCAAAAKAUAAUAACAUAGYGGAUGAAYUAAUUAACAACUUAAACUCAAUAAGAAAACAAAGAUGGCAUGAAAAGACAGAAAAUCUAGACUUUACCCACUCCAGCCAUAAAGCAUGGAGCCUAAUGAAAAAAUUAGGCACCUCAAAUAGUACCACGAAAGGUCAGCAUACAUUAAGACCAAAUAGUGUAGCAACCAGAUUAAAAAGCGUUGGAAAACUUCCAGUAGACAAAGAGCAUAAACGAUUAAUAAAAACAGAAUUAAGAAAUCACAGGAAAWUGCUAAUGCCGCAUCCAACACUGGACGCUGCUUUUACACAAAAUGAUGWAUGCAACGCAAUAAAGAAAACCAAAAUAAACAAAGCUGCGGGCUUCGAUGGGAUAUAUUCUGAGUUUUUUAAAUUCGCAGGACCGAGAACUUAUACCUGGCUAACUGUGUUUUAUAAUGAUAUUAUAGAUACUGCAAAACUACUAAAACAAUUUAAAAGAGCGAAAGUGAUUGCGUUACUAAAACCCGGGAAAGAUGGCCACGAAGCCGCAGAUUACCGACCUAUAUCAUUACUGAGCGUUACGUAUAAGAUUUUAGAAAGAAUUUUUUUAGAACGUAUACAACCAUAUAUCGAAGACGUGAUACCAAUAGAACAGGCUGGAUUUAGGGAAUACCGAGGAUGUGAGGAGCAAGUACUAGCGCUCACAACUCUGAUAGAAUCUGGAUUCCAAAGGAAAUUUAAAACUAGUGUAGCGUUCAUUGAUUUGUCAGCGGCGUAUGACACAGUAUGGAGAGACGGUCUUUUGAAUAAGUUCGCCAAGGUCAUCCCAUGCAAGAAAUUAUUCACACUCCUAGAUAGAAUGCUCACGAACCGCYGCUUCAAAGUAUUUUUGGGUAAUAAGGAAAGCAAUUGGCGCACAGUACUCAAUGGUCUUCCCCAGGGUUCGGUACUUGCUCCGACUCUAUUUAACUUAUAUAUAUAUGAACUACCUGUUACGAAAGGGCUUAAGUUCCAAUACGCGGACGAUAUUGCUAUUGCUUAUCAAAGCACUGAUUUAGAGGAUGGCGGGAAAGCACUUACUGAAKACCUCAACACUAUGAACAAAUACUUCUCCAAAUGGCGUUUAAAACCAAACCCUACCAAGACUGAAGUAUGUGCUUUUCACCUAAACAACAAAAAGGCUAGAGAAGAGUUGAAAGUGACAUUCCAAGGAGUACAAUUAAAGCACAACUUCACGCCGAAAUACUUGGGAAUAACAUUGGAUCGUACGCUCACAUUUAAAGAACAUCUUGUCAAAACUGGAAAGAAAGUACGAUCCAGAGUCAAUUUAAUUCAAAAACUCGCCGGUACAGGAUGGGGUGCUAGCGCUAAAACAUUACGRACAGCAGCRCUGGCGCUAACAUACAGUGCAGCUGAAUACGGUGCCCAAGUGUGGUGUAWUAGUGCACACGUGAAAAAARUUGACACACAAUUGUAUAGUGUAAUGAGAGURAUUAGCGGCACGGUGAAGUCCACUCAGUUACAAUGGCUACCAGUUCUAACCAAUAUAGCUCCGCCAGACCUACGAAGAAAGCAUAAACUUAUUAAUACUAUCAGGAAAGCCGAAGAUAGGAGGAACUCACUGCUAGCCGAAAGAUUAGAAGAGAUACCAGCACUUAGACUAAAGUCAAGGAAACCGCCUUGGAAGACAGCUAAAKACCUAAUAAGAUCAGGAUUUGAAACCAAAAAGUGCUGGUACGAUGAAUGGACCAACUCUACUUUACCAAUCAAAAACAAAAAUCUGGUGAUGGACCCCAACCAAGGAGUUAUGGGUAUGGAACUGCCUAGACAUGAAUGGUCUGUACUAAAUCGUCUUCGAACAGGUCAUGGCCGUUGCGCUGAUAUGAUGUUUAAAUGGCGACUCCAAGACAGCCCAACAUGCGAUUGCGGCAACGAUAGACAAACCAUAAAUCACAUAAUAAAAGAAUGCCAGAUAAGGAAAUUCAACCAGGGCAUCGAAGGAAUCCACGCGAUAACACCRGAAGCAGUAAAAUGGAUAAGGGAACUGGACGUACACCUGUAA